GUAUUGGUCCUCUAAUAGUGAUGUAAAGGAUGAAACUGAUGUUUACAGAUUUGAAGUGAUUUUAUAACCCGAUUUCAUCCGGUUCUUGCGACCGUCAACAAUGAUUUAAAUUCAUAUCAAAUAGACAAUAUCAGAUCUCUAAAUUCUAAUCAGUCGGUGUUUAUCUCCUAAUUACCAUUUUGUUUUGUGUAUUUACCGAGAGGAGAUUUAGAAAAUGUCAAAGCAUUAUGACUCAAAAAAAACUUAUAAAUGUGAUGUUUGUGGUAAAUCAUUUAAUUCUCUUCAUAAUUUAAGUAAACACAUUAUGAUUCAUACAGGUGAAAAACCAUUUUCUUGUGAUGUUUGUAGAAAAUCAUUUACCUGUAGUAGUAAUCUACAGCGACACACCAGAAUUCAUACUGGUGAAAAAAAAUUUUCUUGUGAUGUUUGUAAUAAAUCAUUUUCCGCUAGUAGAAACCUGCAAGAACAUAUUAGAAUACAUACUGGUGAAAAACCCCUUUCUUGUGAUGUUUGUAGUAAAUCAUUUUCUGCCCUUGGUAGUCUACGGCAACACACCAGAAUCCAUACUGGUGAAAAACCCUUUUCUUGUGAUGUUUGUAGUAAAUCAUUUACCACUAGUAGUAAUCUCCAGAUACACACCAGAAUCCAUACUGGAGAAACACCCUUUUCUUGUGAUGUUUGCAGUAAAUCAUUUACCACUAGUGGUAAGCUACAUGAACACACCAGAAUUCACACGGGAGAAAAACCCUUUUCUUGUGAUGUUUGUAGUAAAUCAUUUACCUGCAGUAGUAAUUUACAUCAACACGUCAGAUCCCAUUCUGAAGAAAAACCCUUUUCUUGUGAUGUUUGUAAGAAAUCAUUUACCACUAGUAGUUAUUUACGUAAACACGGCAGAAUACAUACUGGUGAAAAACCCUUUUCUUGUGAUGUUUGUAAAAAAUCAUUUACACAGUAUAGUACUCUAAAGAAACACACCAGAACUCAUUCUGGCGAGAAGCGCUUUUCUUGUGUUGUCUGUAGUAAAUCAUUUACCACUAGCGGUAAUUUACAACGACACACCAAAACCCAUACAGACGAGAAGCCAUAUAAAUGUGAUGUUUGUAGUAAAUCAUUUUCAGAAAAAGUUAUUCUACAUAAACACAUCAUUACUCAUACGGGUGAAAAACCCUUUUCUUGUGAUGUUUGUAGGAAAUCAUUUUCCCGUAGUAGUAGUCUAUAUAAUCACACCAGAAUCCAUACUGGAAAAAAACCCUUUUCUUGUGAUGUUUGUAGUAAAUCUUUUACCUCUAGUAGUGAUCUGCAACGACACACCAGAAUCCAUACUGGAGAAACCCCCUUUUCUUGUGAUGUUUGUAGUAAAUCAUUUACCACUAGUAGUAAUCUAAAACACCACACCAGAAUCCAUACUGGAGAAACACCCUUUUCUUGUGAUGUUUGUAGUAAAUCAUUUACCACUAGUAGUCAUCUAAAACACCACACCAGAAUCCAUACUGGAGAAACACCCUUUUCUUGUGAUGUUUGUAGUAAAUCAUUUACCACUAGUAGUCAUCUAAAACACCACACCAGAAUCCAUACAGGAGGGAAAAAAAAAAAUGUUUUGUUGUGAUGUUUGUAGAAAAUCUUUUCCACUAGUAGUAGACUACAUGAACUCACAAGAUCUCGUACCAGAGAAAAACCUUUUUCUUUUGAUGUUUGUUGUAGUCCACAUAAUCAUACUAGAGAAUAAGAUACUGAAAAAAAAUCAUUUUCUUGUCCAUUAUUUUUGUAAUUUAGACAUGUAUAUCUUUUUAUCACCCAAUAAUACAUUCUACAGUAGAUAUCGCUUGUGUGAUAUAUUUCAUUAUCUUCUGCGAUAUCUCCUUGAUUGGUCAGUUGAAAACGAACUACUUUUUUUUAUUUUCAAAGAACAGGUCAUUUCUUAUUAAAAGUAACUUUUUUUUUUAAUAAAAAUGAACUAUUGUUAUUCAAUUGACCUUGAUGGAAACACUGGGUCAAUAUAAAGGACUUUGCAAUGGUUGAAUUGCUGUCAAAAAAUAAUGUAUCACUACGCCGUAAUGUUCAGUAAAAGUGAAAUCUACAGCAAAGAAUUAUAUUUUUCUAUUUGUGCAUGUAA